AUGGACGAUAAAGGAAUACAAGUUGCAAUAGGAUCGAAACGUAGAAAAAUCAAUGCUGGUAGUCAAACAACAACAUUAGAAAUUGGAAUGUCUCUCACAGGGAGCUAUGGUCGCAACUGCGAACACAAGAAGUGGCGAUACGACAACCUGGUAGCGCGAAUGCAGGACAAAGAAAUGUUGGUACACUGGUUAAUGGAUGAAGGGCUGAUGGCGAAGGAACGUUCGUGUCCGAUGUGUGCUGGAGAAAUGAGUUUGACGAGGUGCGAGGAUCGAUCGUAUGGUUUGAAGUGGGAAUGCAGAAAGCAAGUUAACAGUAAAAGACACAAGGCAGAGGUAUCGAGUAGGAAAGGAAGCUGGUUCGAGAAGAGCAAGAUGACCUUAGAAGAAAUUUUGAAGUUGACAUAUUGGUGGUGCCAGGAUCUUGAUCAGGCGCAAAUAAAACAUGAAGUAGGACUC